GGAUUCAACGACUGUUGGAUUAAUUCUGAGCAUUUUUGCUUACGGAGGAUUUGUGUCGUUUUUCGGCAGUUACUUCGUGAGCUGAAUAGGAGGAGCGACUUUUUGUGCUUUAACCAUGAUGUGGUCAGGGAUCUUAACUGUAUUACAUCCGAUCACCUUGCAGUACAGCUUUUUCUCAUUUUUGGUGUGUCGAUUCCUAGUUGGAAUCUGCGAGGGUUUAUUGAAUAUAAGCAUCACGGAAAUAUCUUCGCAAUGGACCCCGAAAAAUGAAAAAUCUAAACUUACCGCCAUUUCUAAUACCGGACUUAACAUUGCUUUGACAAUUGUACACGGAGUUAGCGCUUUUGUGGCUCACAACUGGGGCUGGCAAAUGAUAUUUUACGUCACAGGGGGUAUAUUGUUGAUUACGUCAUCAGUUUGUUUCAUUCUCAUUAAAAAUCGGCCUUCGGAUGACAAACGGAUAUCUAAAGAUGAGCUUAUGUACAUACAAGAAAGAACUUUAACUUCCCCCAAAAAACAGGUGAAGCAUCCUUACAGGAAAAUUAUAUCAUCACCGGCAGUUUGGGCACUCCUAGUGAACAAAUUCGCCAUGAUAACGGUUUUGACUUUCAUAGGUACAUUCCUCCCGAUGUAUGUCAAAGAUCUAACUAACAAGGAUAUCAAAGAAGUAGGAAUAAUUUCUUCGAUACCAAACACCGUCAACGUAUUUAUGCUUCCAAUUUGUGGAAUAUUAUUGGAUUAUGGAAAAAGCAUCAGCAUUUCAGAGACUCUGAUGCACAAAAUCUUAAUCGGAGGUUCGCUCAUCCUAACUGGUAUUUUAUUCGCAAGCGCAGCAAUGAUUUCCAAUUUCAUGGUAUCAAUUGUGUGUUUUCUGCUGAUUCAGACAUUCCAAUGUAUCGGGGGUAUGGUAACACAUGUAAUCCUGAUCAGCAUCGCACCAAAUAGUAGCAGCAUAAUAGCAGGACUUACCACCUUUAUAACUGCACUAAGCUCUAUAGGAACACGUCAUACGAUGGCAUUCAUGACCACCAAUCACACUUUGGAAGAAUGGAAUUACUGUUUACUUCUAACGAGUGUUAUUUCACUAUUGGGUAGUGUAUUAUUCAUAUUGUGGGGAUCUAGCGAAACUCAGCCGUGGUCAAUUACAUCGAGCGAUGACCAAGACGAUCAGAAAACCCAGACGGACACAAAAGUGACAAAAUAGUGAUGUAUUUUUACUUACAAUACAUUGUACCAAAAAUAAUGAAUUAUGUGUACCUUUUGAAUGAAAAUUGGACUAAUAAAACACGAAAACAAUAAAAUAGGCGUCACUCGUAUCAGCAAUCAAUCGAACAGUCUCCUUUUCUAUUUAUUCAAACUUCUGGAAAUUUCAUGGGGAGGCAAUUUUAAAAGAACAGGAAUCAAAAAGAACUUUUUUUAAAUCAAAAUACCAAAUUUAAAAAAAUACUUAAAUAAAUACUUGCCUAUAUUUUUCUUGGGCAUACGAAAUAUAGCACGUAAUUUAUCUCUAAACAACCGGCAAACAGGUCCGCACAAUAAAAAAUUCACGGAUAAUUCUCAAAUAGAUAA